CUUCCACAAAGUUCUAAGCAACUUCUCGAUCAGCAUCAUGAAAGUAUUCAUCGUAUUGGCUGCCUUCGCCGCACUGGCCGCUGCUGUUGAGCUGACGGACACACAGAAGGCCGAGGUUAAGGAGAGGGCCAAGGCUUGCGCCGAGCAAGAGGGAGUCACCAAGGAGCAGGCUCUGGCCCUACGCGCCGGCAAUUUCGAGGAUGCCGAUCCAAAGGUCAAGUGCUUUGCCAAUUGCUUCCUAGAGAAGACCGGCUUCGUGGUCGAUGGCCAGAUCAAGCAAGACGUGGUCCUAACCAAGCUGGGACCCAUUGCCGGCGACGACAAGGUGAAGGCGGUCCAGGCCAAGUGCGACUCUCUCAAAGGCGCCAACAAGUGCGAAACCAGCUAUGAGCUGUACAAGUGCUAUCACCAGAACCGGGCUCAGAUCUAACUCAAGAAUCUCAUAUUCUUAGCCGGACAAAUACACCUACACAUUUAAUUCCAAA